AUGAAUCUACAACCAGACAACAUCCUUUUAAAAGAUAGUCGUCUUGAAGAUAUGACCUUAGAUGGCUCAAUUAACUCCACAAUUGGAAGCAGUAAUAACAAUACCAUAAAAUACACAUCACCACUAUCACCAAGUAUGCUUGCAUCUUUAAACGCCAACAACUUAACACAACCACAGGACAUCGAACUCCAAAAUAGAUUCUUCCUCAAUGAUUUCAACAACAUAUUACUUAAAUUUGCCAAUUUAUUUCAACAAAUUGACUUGUUACCUACAACUACUCGUUUAGUUAUCGGUUGUACAUUGUUCAGAAUUGGAAGAUUUGAAACCGCAUUAAGAGAGGUCAGCACUGCUAUUGAGAAUGACAUCAAUGAAGAAGAAAGAGGUGCAUGUCUUCAUGUCCUAGCUCUGAUGCUUAAAGAUUCCCUGAGGAUGGAAGAUGCGGUUGGAUGUUUGGGUGAGAUGAUUGAUUUAUGGAAACGGAGAUUGGAUACGCAAAAAGAUUUUGAUGAGUUGAAGGCAUUGAUCAUGUCUGCUCAAGAGGAUAUCGAGAAGAAAAUAUUUGAUAUUCCCGGAAUUCCUAAGCUUGAGGUUCAAUUAAUGGAAUUGGAGAGAAUGAAGUUACGUUUCCCGAUUGAUUCAUUCACGGGUCAAUGUCAAUUCAUAUUAUCUAAAAUUAAUGAAGCUCAUAGUUUAUUGAUUGAAUGGGAUAAUGAUCAUCAAUUGGAGUUUGAUAGGGGAGAAAAUGAUGACGAUGAUGGGAAUCCACUUUCAUUAAUUCAAGAUGCAUUUUUAUUAUUGGGUCCAAUUGAAAUAUAUAAUUCUGUAUUGGAAUUUGAAUCAGUGCUUAUCAAUUAUCUUUGUCAUAUCAAACGAUCCUCAGACACCCAUCAACAGCCAACAAUUGUAAGAUCCCCCAGUGUUAAAAGAGCUAUGGCAAGAUUUCUUUAUAAAAAACAAGUGGAACCUAUCAGUGACAGACAUGAAAACCUUUUAUUACAUUGUACAUUCAUUGAAGGAUUUCUUGCCAUGUUACAUCAUGAUUAUAUUUUAGCAGCCAAUAAUUUCGAAACUGUGUUGAACAAAUUCGAUUCCAUACACCAUCAUGGUACUUCGCUGAAAACUCUAUUUAGCAAGAAUAUAAAUAUUCUAUUAAUCCGAUGUAAGUUAAACUUAGAGCCCAAUGGUAACAACAAGAAACAGUUGGAAAGGUUAUUAUCAGAUUUAGCUAAUCUUCCAUCCUACCAGAAAUGCAAUAAUUCAUAUAAGGUAUAUAUCGAAAUGGCAAUCAUACAUUCAAGACUUGCAAAAAUAGACGCAGUACCCAUCACAAUUACAUUCCCUAAUAAGAAAACCAACAGAACUAUAACUGGAUUAAGACUCCAGAGUAGAUAUGUCCAAGAGGCAUUAAAAGCUAAUAUAUCUGCCGUGACCGCAAUGUAUGAAGAUGACCAAUAUAUCCCAACUAUAUAUGACAAAAUCCUUAUCGAAAUCUUAACAAUUGGUGGAAUUCAUUGCAAUACAUUUAUGUUUUUCAGAAGGUUACGGGAUUAUUUUGCCAGGAAAGCAGAUUAUCAAUAUCUUUAUAUCCCUAAAUCAAAACUGAUAAUUGAUUAUGAAAAUAUUGGAAAUAUCAUGAAUUAUAUUUCUCAACAAUAUAAUUUCUUCAAACCAAAACUAGAAAACACCACCGGUGGGAGAAAUGAAUUCUUAUUACCCCAAAUAUACAUCACCAAUGAAAAUGAAUUGUACAUAUUAGAAAAACAAUAUUUCGCAUCCGGCCCCGGCACAACCGAAUUCUAUUGUGAUGGAGAUUGUGAAGAUAACGAUUGGGGAGGGUAUGAAUAUCAUAUAUAUCCCGUCAAGAAGAGUAAUAUGAAAUUACCAAUCAGUUAUUAUCAACAACGAGUUGAACUUAGUAUUGGAUUGAUUGAACAAUGGAUUACUUGUUAUAAAGAGUUUCAUAAUUGUAUACCUGAUGAGAUUCAAUUAUGGUAUGAUCAAUUCGUUGGAGGGAUUUAA